AUGAAGGCAACUAGGCAAGGAGAAGAUUCUGUAAAUCUUGUUCAAGAUCCUAUAGCUGUGGCAGAAACUUCUAUGGUUCCCGUGGAAGAAGAGCAAUCCCUUCUUGUAGUUAAUAAUGCACUUCUCUCAUCCUUCAGUCACGAGGCAAUGAGAGAGAACCUGGAACAAAAUAAAUAUCAUGAGGAACCUGUGCAAUCUGAUAUUUUAACAAUUCAGAAGAAUGUAGAAGAUGAGACAGAUAAGCAAAUAAAAACUAAGUUACCAACGCAAAAGAUAAGAUAUCAACUUGAUAGGGAAGUGGGACAGGAGGUAUUUGAAGAUCUCACCUUUUAUAUGGACCAUGCGUAUACAUUUAGAGAACUCUCUAAUGUUAGCUUGGAUGAGGGACUGGGAUUAGUUUGUAGCAAGGAACCCCCAGAUAGAGGUUUCUACUCAGAUGGAGACAAUCCUAAUAAUUCUGACCCCAUAGAGGUAGACUCUCAAGCAUCAGGAGAUGAUGAUAAUUAUAGUCCAAAAAUAAGAAGAUCAGUGGUGUUUCCAACGAGCAUGAUGGAGCCUCUCAUGGCAAUUCUAGAGAGGCAGGGGGAGGGGCUGUUCUGCGCAAUCAAUGGGGCCAGGAAAAUAAAAGUUCCAUGGAGGCUAAGGGAACUGACCAAUCAAAUCUCUAGGAGGUUGAGUGCUUUUUCUUGUACACUAGUUCACACUUAUAGAGAAGGGAAUAUGGUAGCUGACUAUUUGGCUAGGAAAGGGGUGGUGGAUAAAAAAGAGUUUCGAACUGCUUCAUCCAAUUCCAUCCCAGCCCAAGCAAGAACUCUGAUUUUACAGGAUCAGAGACAACUUAGAUCAUUAAGGCAGAAGAAAUCCUGGGUCUAUCUAAACCCAGGAGUGCUAAGGCUCAUACCAGCUGCUGUUCAUGGUUAA